GGAAAAGAAGCGAGAGAGAGCCCACCCAAGACCCAACAGAGCCGCACCACUCCCCACCUCGACCUCUCUCUCUCCCCGCGACCCUUCUCCGCCGCCGCCACCCUCGCCGGUGAUUCCGGCAGCUUCCAGCGAUUCCGGCUGCUGCCGACGACGCCAAGCACACUCGCAUGAUCGCCUCCGUCCGCUCCGUCUUCCCUUCCGAGCAGAUUCGUCGCUCGCGUCCUCUACCGGUCACCCGCGACCGUCCCCUAAGCUAGGGUUUCGGCCACCGCGUCGCCGGCGUGGCUCCGGCGGCUCAGGUACAUCUCUCCGUCGAGAUCCCUCGCAACCCACCCUCCCAGAUCGAGCACGCCAAUGUCGUUGUCGUUUCGCUUGCGCUGGAACAGCAAAGGGAAGGCCAUGGACGACGCCGCUCUAGCCCUUCUCCGACGCCAUCAAGCAGUAGCAGCAACUCGAUGCAGGGACGAGGGAGAGGAGGAGUCCUGCUUCCCCGGCGUGCAUCCUCUCUCUCGGAACGACACCCAACCUCAAGCGAGAGAUGCAUGUGUGGGUGGCAGCAGAUCAACCUCCUUCUCAACCCACGUCAGGCAUCCUCCGUGGAUGAUGACGACAACCAGGGCAUCCACCGCCACGACGACACCCCGCACAUGGUCCAACUCGGCUACAACCUCCUCUACCGCGCGACUGCGGCCGUGGUCGUGUUCGGCAUCGACUACAACCUCCUCUCCAGUGAGUCAAUCUCCUACCUCUAGCUCCCUCUCUUGUGCUGCUAUAGCAGUACCUUGAUCUGUUUCAUGCGCAUGGGUGAUUUUGUUUGUGCUUGUCGUGCUUGUGCCAUGAGAAAGAUCAUUCCUAUUUACAGUGAUGAUGAUUCAGAGUAGCACACUUGUUAAAUUCUGCUCUUGUACUACCUCAUUUGUGGUUGUUGGUUACUGCAGCUAGGUUUUGUUAGCUGUUGGUGUUUAAUCUAGCUAGCUAGUAGUGUUGGCAGCUAGCUAGUAGUGUUGGCAGCAAGCUACUCCUGUACUAGUAGUUCAUCCAUAUGUGUAAUUGAUCCUUCCCAGUAAUUGAAUAAUGUGAAGAAAUCCUAUUGUAUCAGCUAUGCAGUGCGAACAUCAGAUCAUUUACAAUGAAAAUCUUUGUUUGCCUCCCGGUAGAAGUAUUUCUUGUAACAUUUUGGUGAUUUCCCUUUGGUAGAUGCAUUGUAUAUAUU